UGCAAGCUGUUGCUUGCUCGGGACAAUGCUGAAUUGGGCGGUGUCGAUGGUGAGAAAGAUGUAGAGACGGUCGAUAUCUUAGCAGCAGCAGCGUUGGACAUGGGCGGAGCGGGUCGCCCAGGUACUAUUAUGGUGUUCAAGUCAUGUACCGUACCCGUGUCGGAGGGCGAGAGCCACGUUUAUACCGAGCCGAGAAAAGCCGAGCAGGAACAAAUGUUGCGAAGGUCGAUGCAGUGGAGAAAGGUCUACGAGGACGACGACUUUGAGAAGAUGAACAGGUGCAAAGUUGUCAAGUCAAGUCUGGCUGACCGUAACGACUUGGCGGUGCUAAUCUAG